UUUCAUACGACAAACACAACUCAACUUAUCAAAUUCUUUUUUCUUUUUGCCGUCUCUUGCGUGACUCAAGAAUCAAACAACAACACAAGUGUCAAGAACCAGAGCCACGAAGAAGAAGAAGAAGAAGAAAAGUCUCAUCAUCUUCUUCUUUCGAUUCCGAUUUCUCCCAAAAAAUGGAUGAAGUUUUAUUCGAUGAGAUUCUCGGCGAGAUAUUUACAAGACUGCCAUCGUCUUCUUCCUCUUUCUCAUCGUUACCUUCUUUCGAAUCGGUUCCUCUUGUCUCAAAGCGAUGGCUCCGUCUUUACAGAGCAACAAAGACUUCCAUGUCUUUACAAUUCAGUCCUCACGACGGUUCUGUGAUUACCCUUUUGCCCUCUAUCCUCCGUAACCGUCCUUCUCUCUCUUCCCUCUCUCUCUGCUUCCCUGUCACCAUCAAAACCACAAUCACUAACCCAAUUUGUUCUUAUAAUGAGUAUCACACGAGUUUCAACGAUGAGCUCAUCUCAAUCAUAUCUUCUUGCUGCUUCAACCUCAGAGAUUUCAGUUUCUUGUUCGGUCCGAUCUCUUCAUCAUCUUUGCUUCCUCUCUCUACUUCUUUAUCUCUCACUUCUCUAUCCAUCAAACUUUGGAAACAACAGAACUCAGAUUUCACCUGGAUUGCUCUGUUUUCAUCUCUCAAGGAGUUAUCAAUCGAUGUUCACACAAGAGAUCCUUCAUCUUCCGGGUCUAAUACUAACCCGGAAGUUGUAGAAUUGGGUUUGGAAUCGGUUUCUUUAUCCGGAAUCCAAUCUGAUGAUGAUGGAGUUAACUGGUUAUGGAAGAGUUGCAGAAAGUUAAAGAAACUGAAACUGAAACGUUGCGGAAGCAUUGGAGAAACAGAGUUUUUAGGGCUGUGUUUGAUGAACGUGGAAGAGAUUGAGUUAAUAACGUGUAGGAGUGUGGUUGAUGUGGUCUUGCUGAAAGUUACAGAGAUUUGUGAGUCUUUGAAGUCUCUGUUGAUACAUGAUGGUGGAAGCAAAGAUGGGUUGGUUCACUUCAUGAACAAUGCUACAUGUUUUGAUACUUUGGAAAGACUCGAUUUGCGUCUACCUAUGGAUUUGACCGAUGAUCAUCUUGUCUCUCUCGCUACCAAUUUCAAGUCUCUGUCUAGUAUCAGGCUUACAAGCGGCACUUUUGUGUCUGGUUUGAGUCUAAAGAUGUUGGCUCUAAGCUUUAGCUCGAGUCUUGAAGAGCUUUCAUUGCUUAGCUGCAACGCGAUUGAACGAGAGCGUGGUUUGUUGGCGACGUUAGGACAGCAUUUGAGAAGGUUGAGGAAACUAGAUCUGACUCGGAACGAGUGGUUGUUCGACAAAGAAGUUGUUUCGAUGCUGGCUUCUUGCAAUGGUUUGGUUGAGUUGAAUCUGAGAGAUUGUAAGCAUUUGACAGAUGCGGUGUUGGUUGCUUUGAACAAACACUGUGUGAAGUUGAAGACUUUAGACAUCGUAGGUUGUCGGUUGAUGGGGCCUGGUGAUGUGGAGGCUUUUGUGAUGAACUCGUCACAAUGGUUGAAGAAGCUUGUGGUUGAAAAGAACCAGACUACAGAGGCUACACUCAACUUGGCUUCGAGUAAGCUAAUUGAAACUGUUGUGUUCCCUUCUCUUGUUUGGUAGUCUCAGUUGGAUUGGUGUUUGAAUAAAGGAAAGGCCUAAUAAUGCGAUGUGGCAUUCUAAUAAAUUAGGGGAUUUAUUUAAGUUAUCGUCUUUAUGGAAUAAUGCAAAAGGAAAGUUGUAAUAAACUCUUGUGGAAUUUGCAAAAGGAAAAUAAUUUAUUUGUGUUUUACAAUA